AUGAAGGAAGAAAAAGAAGCAAACAUCAAGAGGUGGCCAGGCAGCAUGAAGAACCAGCCCAUGAGAAGCAGCAAAUGCAACCUGGCCGGGUGGUGGAAGAAUGAUCUGGGCUCCAAGAUGCAGGUGUUCAACGUGGACAACAAGGGCGACUUCUCCGGCAUGUACCACACUGCUGUCUCAAGCACUCAGAAGCCAAUCAAGCCUUCGCCCCUCCGUGGGUCCCAGCACUUGGAUGGGGACGAUAAGUGCACGUUUGGCUUCGUCGUCAACUGGAAGAGUUUUUCUGACUCCACGGCUGUCUUUGUGGGCCAGUGCUUCACGGAUGACAAGGAGCGGGAGGUCUUGCAGACAGCCUGGCUCCUGCGCGAGAAGGUCGAUAACCUGGACAACGACUGGAAGGCCACCAGGAGCGGACACAAUGUCUUCACUCGGGUGAACCCAGACGAAGAAGGAUAA